AUGAACGGCGCUGCUGGUAGCGGCGCCCAGCCCAGAGCUCACCCUCUUGGACCGCUCACGGCCCAAGAAAUCACCCACAGCACCGGCCUGAUCCAGGGGUGCUGGCCAAACAAUGUUGAAUGUCACUUCAAAGUCGUGACGCUGCUCGAACCUGCCAAGGCGGAGCUUGUCCCCUACCUGGCCGCAGAGCGACGGGGAGAUGAUCCCAGGAGCAUUGAUCGGCGAGUGUUUGUGGUGUAUUACAUCCGGGGCACGCACAACCUCCACGAGGCAGUAGUGAACUUGACUACUGGCAAGGUCGAGGCCAAUGCCAAACUCGGCCCUUUUCAACAUCCUAAUGGCGAUGGGGAAGAGAUCGUCGAGGUCGAGAAGGCCCUGCUGGCGCACCCUGCCGUCCAAGUUGAGCUCGCCAAGUUGGGGCUACCCCAAGGGACCGUGGUCGUGGCUGAUCCUUGGAUCUACGGGUCGGAUGGCGUCAAGCAAGGCGGCUUCUCCGACGAGAAGCGCGCUAUGCAAUGUUUCCUGUACAUGCGUGACCCCAAUAACCCGUCGGAGCCGGAUAGCAAUCAUUACGCCUUCCCCCUUCCAGUUUCGCCGGUCGUGGACCCCAUCACGAUGGAACUAAUCCGCAUCGAUACGCUUCCCACGGGGCUCGACGAGAACGUCAAGUCCCUUGCACCUUGGCAACCCGUGAAGGCGAGCGAGUACAUUCCCGAGUCGCAAUCGCUGCGGACCGACCUUAAACCGCUGCGGGUUGUGCAACCCGAAGGCGCGUCGUUCACCGUCGAGAACUUCUCGGAGCUGGGCCGCCUGAUUAGGUGGCAGAAAUGGGACUUCAAGGUCGGCUUCAACCAGCGGGAGGGCAUGGUAUUGUACGACGUGCACUACGACAACAAGCCCCUUUUCUACCGGCUGAGCCUCUCCGACAUGUGCAUCCCUUACGCAGAUCCACGCCAUCCGUUUCACCGGAAGGCCGCUUUCGACCUUGGCGAUGUUGGUGCCGGUAUCAUGGCGAACAACCUACAACUCGGGUGCGACUGUCUGGGCAGCAUCUACUACAUCGGCGGCGUCUUGGCCGAUAGCCACGGCAAGCCGGUGGAUAUGCCGAACGUGAUAUGCGUCCAUGAGCAGGAUGCGGGCAUUCUGUGGAAACACACAAACUACCGGACCAACCGCGCCGUUGUGGUGCGGAAUCGGGAGCUGGUGCUGCAGACAAUCCUGACGGUGAGCAACUACGAGUACAUCUUGUCGUUCGUCUUCAAUACGGCGGGCGACCUCGCAUACGAAGCCCGAGCGACGGGGAUCCUGUCGACGCAAGCCCUCGAUCUCGACCUGACCGAGACACCACACCCAUUCGGCACCGUCGUCCAUCCGGGCGUGCUCGGCGGCUUCCACCAGCACUUCUUCAGCCUGCGCAUCGAUCCCAUGGUUGCGGGCCACGGCAACUCGGUCGUGUACGACGAGGCAGUCGCCAUCCCGCGCGAUCCUGAUCUCAACCCGCACGGCGUGGGAUAUACGGUCCGCAGAACCGAAGUAUUCGCCUCGGGCGGGUACGACCUGGAUGCAAGCAAGAACCGCACCUUCAAGAUCAUCAACCCGGCCGUGCGCAACCCCGUCAACGGCGCGGCGGUCGGGUACAAGGUCGCCAUCCCGCCCAUGCAACCCAUUCUGGCCGACGCGGACAGCUUCCACCACAAGCGCGCCGAGUUCGCUGACCACAGCGUGUACGUCACACGGUACGCCGAGGGCGAGCUGUAUGCGGGCGGCCUGUACACGAACCAGAGCCGCGGGGGGACGGGCGUGCGCAGCUGGGCCGACCGCGGGGACAGCCUAGCGCAUGGCGACCCGGUCGUCUGGGUUCAGUUCGGCAUCAACCAUAUCCCGCGCGUCGAGGAUUUCCCGGUCAUGCCCGUCGAGACGCUGCGUGUGGUGCUGAGGCCCGUGAACUUCUUCGAUAGGAACCCAGCGGUCGAUGUGCCGCCUGGUAAUCAGGAGGUUAACUGCAGUGUCAGUCUGAAUCGGUCUCAGGGUGACUUAGGAGGAAAGAUGGGAGCAAUGGCUCUAGGAGGGGAGCAAGGGAAGCUGAGUUGUGCUUGUGCAAGUAGGAACACGAUAAACACAAUGUCGCAACAACUACAAACAGCGCAUCCAACCUUCAUUAACCUCCCGCAACCACCAUCUCACCCGGACACCCCAUCCGAGAUUCCUGGCACCCCGACGAGCACAACCACCUCUCUCUCCGCUUUAUCCACCACCGCCAUCAAAGACGGGCAUCGCGGCGCUCUCCAUCACCGAGGCCAUCACCAUAGCCCCUCGACCACCAGCCUCGAAGCCGAACGGGCCGACCGAAUCAGCCGGCUGACCGGCCUAUCCAACGUGUCGACGCUGCGGGGCCCAGUCCCGACCCAACAUAAUGCAGGGUCUCCCCAUUUCAACCCAACUUCGGUCCCCCCACCCGCAGCCGCGAGCCUCACGCCGGCCUACUUCGACGCCACCGGACAACCAGUCGCCGCGACCAAGGUGAGCACCGUCGGCUCGGCCAGCGCGACGGAAAGCGUAGGCGGACGCACAACCAGCACGACCGAGGUGGGCGGCGAAGACCGCACCACGCUGGGCGACGAGGAUCGCGACGAGGACAUGCUGACCGAGAUGGACUCGGCCAGCGCCAGCGGGUACAUGGGCGCCGACGUCGACGCCGACGCCAUGGAUGAGGACAUGGACAACCUCACCUCGCAGAGCGUCGACGACCGCAUGUCGGACGACGGCAGCGCGAGCCUGGUCGGCUUCGGCGAAGGCGCCGGGAGCACCCUCUCCGGCCCCAUCUAUCACCGCCGGCCGCUGCCCUCGCAGGGGAGCGCAACAGGCAGCGCGUCGGGGGGUUGGGGUCCGCUGGAACGGGCAAGCUCGGGACUCAGCGAGGGCGCGGCUGCCGCCACCCCAAGCUCACAUCACCAGCACCACGGCCGGACGCGUAUCCCGGAGCGUGAAACCGGCAACGGCACAGAAACACCGGUCAGCCAAUCUGCGGUGCGCGAGAGACGGGAGGCACGGAUGGUAGACGGCGUGGCUCUGUACGGCGUCGCUGCCGCAGACAAUAACGACGACGUCUUCGUCGACACCACCACGCGUGGCCCCGUCCCGGCGCCGGCCAAUACAAGGGAGCGGGAUCGGCAACAGCGGCAUCCUCAUCGGCAGCAACCGCCGCUGUCAUCGCCCAGCGAGCCAUCAGGACGCGUCGGCCGCGAGAAGCAGGAGGACGAGGAUAGUAGAGCCGCGGUGCGAAGCUUCAAUGGCACCGGAAAGGGGCGAGCACCCGGGGAGAUGCCAUAUUGA